GGCGGCACCGCCCCUUCGCCCUGACCGUGCGCGCGCGGGAGCGGAGCUUGCGGACCGUGGCGGAGGGAGGCGCGAGAUUUGUUCCUGUCCUUUCCUAAAAAUGUCCAAGCAACAGCCUGCUCAGUUUACCAAUCCAGAAACUCCUGGCUAUGUUGGAUUUGCAAACCUUCCCAAUCAGGUUCACCGAAAGUCUGUGAAAAAGGGGUUUGAAUUUACUCUUAUGGUGGUUGGUGAAUCUGGAUUGGGAAAAUCUACAUUAAUAAACAGCCUCUUCUUGACGGAUCUCUACCCAGAAAGGAUAAUCCCAGGAGCUGCUGAUAAGAUCGAACGCACUGUGCAGAUCGAGGCCUCCACGGUUGAAAUCGAAGAGAGGGGCGUGAAACUGCGUCUGACAGUGGUGGAUACCCCGGGAUACGGGGAUGCCAUCAACUGUCGGGACUGUUUUAAGACCAUAAUCGCUUACAUUGAUGAGCAGUUUGAGCGGUACCUGCACGAUGAGAGUGGUUUGAACAGAAGGCACAUCAUAGAUAACCGGGUUCAUUGCUGCUUCUAUUUCAUUUCACCGUUUGGUCACGGCCUUAAGCCUCUGGAUGUUGAGUUUAUGAAGGCCAUACACAACAAAGUAAAUAUUGUACCAGUGAUUGCAAAAGCUGAUACACUUUCUCUGAAAGAGCGAGAGAGACUAAAGAAAAGGAUUCUGGAUGAAAUAGAAGAGCAUGGCAUCAAGAUUUAUCACCUGCCUGAUGCUGAAUCAGAUGAGGAUGAAGAUUUUAAAGAGCAGACCAGACUCCUAAAGGCCAGCAUCCCAUUUUGUGUAGUGGGAUCCAAUCAACUCAUUGAAGCCAAAGGUAAAAAGGUUAGAGGUCGGCUCUACCCGUGGGGUGUAGUUGAAGUGGAGAAUCCAGAGCAUAAUGACUUCCUGAAGCUAAGGACCAUGUUAAUCACCCAUAUGCAAGACCUUCAGGAGGUGACCCAGGACCUUCACUAUGAGAACUUCCGCUCUGAAAGGCUCAAACGAGGCGGCAGGAAAAUAGAAGAUGAAGAAGUAAAUAAAGACCAGAUUCUGCUUGAGAAGGAAGCGGAACUCCGUCGCAUGCAGGAGAUGAUUGCAAGAAUGCAGGCACAGAUGCAGAUGCAGAUGCAAAGUGGAGAAGGUGACAGCAGUGCAGUUCAUGGGCACCACGUGUAAAGUCUUGGAUGACUUUAUCUCCUGACUCAAAGGAGACCUUCUGGAGUUGGAUUGCAGUGGUGUUGGAGCAGAAAGGAUGCCUCUUGCUCCCAUGUGACUUGGAGUUUCCUGUAGAAUUUAAUGUGGGAAUGUUUUGUGGUAACUCUUGUGAGAUGUAUUUUGUAACACGUAGUCACACAGUAUUUUAUAUAUUAUACACAUUUGACUUUGGUUUUUUUAGUCAUUUUUACUUUGAGGUCAUUUUUGAUUUCCCAUUGUAUUAGGGAUACAAAAUAGACAUCGAAACUUUUCUAGCCUGAUACAACGUUAGAUACUAUUUUUUUUAAUAUACCUUAAUUAGCUACCUGCUUCUAACUUUGUAUUCCAUUUAGAAAACAAAUGUCUGUCAGUGAUAUCUUCUUCAGAGCCAGGUAACAGUCACCUCACUAAGGAUCCCUGCAAGGUUAGUUUUAUAUAUAUUGCAGUGUUUACAUGUGUGUGUCUGGGAGACCAUCAGCCCUUUCUCUGUCUCUGCUCACUGCUGGAGGAUCUCCUUGGCCUCUGCAAGCAUCAAAUGAAAACUCAAGCAUUCCUUGUGUCUUAGCAAAAGAAAGAAGAGGAAAUGUCUCUGGGAGAGGCACACUGUGUGUUACAUGACAGGCAUUAUUUCCUUCAGAUUUAACCUUGAGGGUUAUUAUUUGCCUAAAACCUUUUACUCUACUGCAGCUAAUUUUGAAGAGUUUCUUGUAGGUUAGCACAAGUCGGUCCCGCUAUUUUCUGGCAUUAUUGUAGCCAAAUAAACUUGAAUAAUGCUGAUAUUGUUAAAUGGGGUAAACCCCAAAGAGUAGUUUUGUAUGCACAGGUGUUUCCUAUAUCCAAAAGCAUAAAAAAAAAUCUAUAAUUCCUAAUUAGUAUUUUCAUAACGUUUUUAGGGCAUUGAAAACUGUUAAAUAUAGUAUAAAAUAUAUACUAGCACACUUCUAUUUUUUGAAGUAAUCUGUGCCUGACAGGAUCAAUACAAACUGUGUUUUAAGCUCUUGCUCCAAGAUGGAGUCAGCAGUAUUACUUCGGAAGCGACUCUGAUUUUUUUUAUUAGGCCAAGGUCACUUCCCUUAACACUGAUAGCAAAGGAGGCUGUGUUCAGCUUGGCUGGACUUGUGCUGCACGUCAUGCCUGGUGUUGUGUUUGCAGCAGGAGAUCACAUCUGUAGUACACAGCUGCCCAGGUGGGAGCUGACAGGGCAAGCAGUGACACACCUUGGGUUGUCCACAGCUUCUGAUAAAGCCAGCAUUCAGCUUUCUCCAUCUGAUCUGUUGCAAAACAACCUUAUCAAAACAGCUAAUAAGCAGGUAGAAUUACUACUUCUUUCUUCUCUUUGAGCUCAGGUGCAGCUGCGACUUUUAUAAUUUUUUUUUAAUGUUUCUUUGACAAAAAUAAUAGGAUUUCUACGGCUAAUGUAUAAUUCCAGUGUACUUCGGUGGUUAGAUUAAAUAUAAACCUGCUAAGCAACUGAAACUUUUACCUGCCUGAAACUACUGUUUAUAAAUUGUUUUAUGUUUGAAUCUUUCUAAAAAUGUGAAAUAAAGCCCUGCAUCAUAGCCUUUACUGGGGAGCUUCAGCUCUCUUUACAGAAGCAAUUACUGUCAAAGUUAGACACGACUCAUUUGACCUUCCCUAACCUUGACAAAAGUGAAAAUGAGAACCUUUUUGUGUGCUGAGAUUCACAGAAGCAUUAAGUCCCGUUUUGUCAAAUAUUUACAUAUAAAACUUGGGUGGAAAAACAUGUUGCUUCUAAAUUCUUGGGUUGCUUUUUCAAAAGAAAGUAUAGAAACAAAGUAAUGUGGCAGCACUGCCACAGAACACUCCACCUUAUUUAUUUCUGUUGCUAUGAGCCUGUACUUGAAGAAAAACUGUGAAGUCUGAAGUGUCUGCACAGGGGCCUGGUUGUACGUGUCACUCUCCCUGUGUUUGUUGGGCUGAUAGUUUUUUCCCUCUGUUUUUUAACAUGGGAAGAAAAGUAGAUUGUCCAUGUGUUUAGGGCUGUUUGGUCACUACCUGUGGAAUUAUUUCAGGCAAUAUGUGAUUCCUUGAAAUAGCACAUACCUAUUAAAAUAUUUGAUCAGGGUAAAGUAUUUCAU